AAAGAGGAGAAAAGGAGAGAGAGAAAGAGAUCCAUGCCUUCCACCGACAAAGUCCCACCAAAGCGAGUCAUGCCUUCCACCGACUCUGUUCCACCAAAACGAGUCAUGCCUUCCACCGACUCAGUCCCACCAAAACCGAUUCUCAUACGAUCCGUCUACUCAACGAAUCUCGAGUACGAAUUCCGCCUAAUCCGUGGCCUGCUAAAACGCUACCCAUACAUCGCGAUGGACACUGAGUUCCCCGGAGUUGUCUACCGUCACGUGCCCGGCACGUCCGACUCUGUUUCGAAGGACCGAUCCGCUCUCCUCUACCAAAUCCUCCGAGCAAACGUCAAUGCCCUCAAGCUCAUCCAGGUCGGACUCACCUUCUCUGACUCUGCCGGCAACCUUCCCGAUUUCGGCACCCAAUACCGUUACAUAUGGGAAUUCAAUUUCCGUGAUUUCGAUCCGCUUUCUGAUCCCCACGCACCCGAAUCAAUCCAACUCUUGCGUCAGAACGGCAUCGAUUUCGAACAGAACCGACUCUACGGCAUCGACGCUGCCCGUUUCGGGUUCCUCAUGAAGCGAUCUGGGCUUGUUGGGAACAAUUCCGUGAACUGGGUUACUUUUCACAGCGCCUACGACUUUGGAUACCUGGUCAGGAUCCUGACUUGGCAAGACCUACCGGAGGACAUGGGCGAGUUUCUCACAUUGCUCAAGGAGAACUUCGGAAACAUGGUUUAUGAUGUGAAGUACCUCAUGACGUUCUGUGAUAGCUUGUAUGGAGGGCUUGAGCGAUUGGCGAAGGUGUUGGAGGUGGAUCGGGCUGUCGGGAAUUGCCACCAGGCCGGGUCUGAUAGCCUGUUGACGUGGCACACCUUCCUACGGUUGAAGGAGAGGUACUUUGCCAAUGGUACUGAGAAGCACGCCGGAGUGUUGUAUGGGCUCAAGCAGGUUUGCUGCUGAUGGGGAAUUGUUUGAAUUGAAUUGAAUUUUUGCUUCUUUUUUUUUCAUAUACAUAUAUACAGACAAUUGAUACUUUUUUAUAUAUUGGUGUAAAUGGGUCUUUUUGGAAUUCUAAAAUUCAAAUCAUGGUGUUUUUGUUU